AUCUUGACUGCCUCCACUGCCGUAAGCCUAUGAAUUGUCUUCAUAGAUGGGAUUUAUCGUGACUCUCGGGUAAGGGCUCUGAUAAAUUAAUUUCUGGCGCUAUGUGUGUUAUAAGAGAGCCUGCUAGCUACUGAGCCAGAACAGCAGUAACCUUGUCGUCAUUCUCUGCCAAUUAUCUGCAGUCCUCCUAAAAGCCGCUUUAGUUAGGAGAAUUCUUCAUCCCUGUUUUUAUUUGCAUCGGCGUUCUAUCUAUCGAUUCAAUCACGGCGCUAGCCCCCAAGGGACCUCAAGGCCUCAUGUCUAGGCCGAAUCGGCACUGAGCGUGCUUGAGCUAAAACUUCGAGCGACUUAUAUAAGGUCGUGUAUCCACGUUCCCACCUCACAAACGCUUGUCAAGUCACUCCCAACACAGAUGUCAGAUUCAACGCUCAGUCUGUUGAAAAUCAAAGCCACGGAGGCAUUCAAACAAGGCGACUUUGCCGUCGCACGAUUGCUUUACUCGCAUGCAAUCGAUAUCAAUCCCAAGGAUGAUGUUCACCCGUUGAAUCGCUCCUUGAUGAAUCUGCGACUCACAAGAUGGCAAGAAGCCGAAAAGGACGCAACAAGUGCUCUGGCGCUCUGCGAAUGUAAGAAGAACGACCACAGACAAAAAGCUUACUAUCGGAGGUGUCAGGCAAGGCGAGAGAUGGCUGAUAAGGCCGGUGCCGAAGAUGGCGCCAAAGAUCUCAUACAUACCGAGCGACAAAAGAUCAAUAGCGCUGUCACCACCCCAAAGCUGACCCUCGAACCUGAGUCUCUUUCACCUGAAUGCCAGACUGCGCCGUCCGAACGGAUGUAUUUCGUCAAGGACGCCAGCAGCAGAGGUCUUGGGGCGUUCGCUGCCAGAGACAUUCAGCGAGGAGACCUUAUUCUAAGUGAAAAACCGCUCCUCCCCUUUCCUCACGGCGCGCCUUCCCCGGCAGAACUCCGACUAGCCGCGGAGAAACUCUCACCGAAGGAACUCUUGGUCUUUUUGUCUUUGAAAAACUCGCAAUCCCACCGCGAAGACACCAUCUACGGCAUAUACAACACCAACGCUUUCGCUGACGGUGGGAUCGUCGUUGAAGCGUCACGAUUCAACCAUUCUUGUCGGCCAAACGCACGUUACUCAUACCACGAGGCGACAAACCGCCAACGUAUUUUCGCCCUCACCGAAAUCCCAAAAGGGGAAGAAAUAUUUGUGACCUAUCUCGGCGGCCGGAAUGCGUACGGCGCUACGCGUAAUCAGCGACAGAUGAGGCUACGAGCGAAGUAUAACUUUAGUUGCUCGUGUGCAGCAUGCAGUCUCGACCGCCAGGAAACUUUGGAGAGUGACAGGCGCAGGUUGGAGAUCGCAUCCAUCUGGGAUCGAAUGCCGAUGUUUGAUCCCUUUGCCUCUGGUCCCGCAUAUCUUCGAGCCGUUAUCAGGGCAAUCAAUCUGAUGAAGGAAGAGGGGGAGGCAGCUGCAUUUUGCUCAUUGCACUCCGAUUGGGAGUCAGCGAAGUAUUGGCAUGGUAUCGUUUAUGAUGCUAGAGUGGCAGAGUUUGGAAAAGAUAGCAAGCACGCGAUAAAAGCUCGCAAGUACCUCGAGAAUCCUCGUUCCAUCGAUCAUGCGCAGGCGGGAAUGUGCCGCGGACAAUCGUUCGCUGACAUUCGUUUGUAAAAAUGAUGUAAUCUUUCGCUAGUCGCAGUAUCAGUUGGAUCUUCCUUUGUAUAAUCGUUUAGACCAAUUGGGUCAAAUCUUUUCACGGGCUAGCCCGUCCAGAAAUAAAAUAGAUCAAUAAGGUUCUGUCAUUAGGGAUGGGAAAGAAAGUCCGAAGUCGAUAAAAGGUCUAAUCAAUUCAUAACUGGAAAGAAUUCGCGGC